UUCGGUUUUUUCAUAUCAUUCCGAAACUUAAACAGCGGGUGUGCUCUCCAAUUUCCUACAAGCACCACCUGGGUUUAUUCAAAAUGAGGCAACUUAUUUUAGUUGCACUGCUCGGCCUUGUAACAAGCGCAUACGCUAAAUGUGGGUUUAAACCAGCGCCUAAACCCGGACAAUUUCUUUCGCUCGUAAAAGGAAUAGGAUGGCAGACGUUUUCCUGUAACGUAGGACUUGUAUGGAAUAGAGGACGUUGUUGCUGUUACCCUUCUGGUGGCGAUAAAUCAGGAGAUUACUGGGAAGAUUAUUUCGAUUAUUUAUUCGGAGGAGACGAAUACGGACUAGGAUGGUUGCUAGGGGGUGCUGGUGCUAGUGCUAGUGCUAGUGCUGCUGCAGCCGCCGGUGGUGCUGGAGGCUACUGGGGUCUAGGUGGCGGCGGCGGCGGUGGCGGUGGUGGCGGCGGCGGUGGUGGCGGCGGCGGCGGCGGUGGUGGUGGUGGAGGCGGCGGCGGUGGCGGUGGCGGUAGCGGUAGCGACAGUGAUUCAAGUGAUGAAGGUGGCUGGGAUUGGGCAUGGAGUGGUGCUGGUGCUGGUGCUGGAGCUGGUGCCGGAGCUGGUGCUAGUGCAGCUGCUGCGGCUGCCGCUGCAGCUGCUGCAGGUGCAGGUUCAGGUUCAGGUGCAGCUGCAGCUGCAGCGGCUGCCGCUGCAGCUGCUGCAGGUGCAGGUGCCGGUGCCGGUGCCGGUGCAGGUGCAGGUGCAGGUGCAGGAGCUGGAGCUGGUGACGGAGCAGGAGGUGAUGGAGAUGUGAGUUCAGAUAGUUCAGACAGUUCAGACAGUUCAGAUAGUUCAGACAGUAGCAGUUCAGACAGCAAUGGAGACACUGACAGCAACGGAGACACUGACAGCAAUGGAGACACUGACAGCAAUGGAGACACUGACAGCAAUGGAGACAGUGACAGCAAUGAUAGUAAUAGUAGCGAUGACAGUAGUGACGGAGAUGAUGAUGAUGACGAUCUCAAAGGACUACUCUCAGUAUUAGUAAAUCUUGGAUCACAAUUGGUCAGUUCAUUAGCUAGUGCAAGUGCUAGUGCAAGUGCUAGUGCAGGAGCAGGCGCAGGUGCUGGAGCUGGUGCUGGAGCUGGUGCUGGAGCUGGAGCAGGAUCAGGAGCUGGAGGAGCAGCCGCAGCAGCCGCUGCAGCAGCGUCAGCAGCAGCUUUGGGCGGAGGUGGAGGUGGUGGAUGGUGGAAUUGGCUAGGAGGUGGUGGAGGUUCAUCUGCAGCAGCAGCAGCAGCUGCUGCGGCUGCAGCUGGAGGUGGGGGUGGAUAUGGUGGAUGGUUAGGACGUGGUGGUAGUGGAUCUGCAGCUGCAGCGGCAGCCGCUGCAGCUGCAGCUGGAGGUAGCCGUAAGGGUGGAUAUUCUGGACGUGGUGGAAGUGCAUCUGCAGCAGCUGCUGCAGCCGCUGCUGCAGCUGGAGGUGGCGGUGGAUAUGGUGGAAAAUUCCUUGGUGGUUAUGGUGGAGGAUCUGGUGCGGCAGCCGCUGCCGCCGCUGCGGCUGCCGCUGCAGGAGGUGGUGGAUGGGGUGGAGCUGGAGGAUCCGCAGCAGCUGCUGCCGCCGCUGCGGCUGCCGCUGCAGGAGGUGGUGGAUGGCGUGGAGCUGGCGGAUCCGCAGCAGCUGCUGCCGCUGCUGCGGCUGCCGCUGCAGGAGGUGGAGGAUGGCGUGGAGCUGGAGGAUCCGCAGCAGCUGCUGCCGCCGCUGCGGCUGCCGCUGCAGGAGGUGGGGGAUGGCGUGGAGCUGGAGGAUCCGCAGCAGCUGCUGCUGCCGCUGCGGCUGCCGCUGCAGGAAGGAGUGGAUAUAAUGGAGGUGGAGGAUCCGCAGCAGCAGCAGCAGCUGCCGCCGCUGCAGCUGCUGGAGGUGGUGGAGGAUCAGCGUCAGCUGCCGCUGCCGCCGCUGCUGCUGCAAUGGCAGGCGCAGACGCAGAAGCUGUUGCUUCUGCUUACGCCUUAGCUUUGGCUGGUGGAAACCAAGGACUUGCUUGGAUGUUGACUUCUGGCAAUGACGACUUACGAAAUGCAGCUGCAGUAGCAAUAGCUAGUGCUAGUGCAGGAGCAGGAGGUGGAGGCGGAGGCGGAGGCGGUGGCGGUGGCGGAGGAGGCGGAGGCGGAGGUGGUGGUGGUGGCGGAGGAGGUAGUGGUGGCGGCAGUGGUGGAAGCGGAGGCAAUGGAGAUUAUGAUAAAGAUUGUAACAAAAACGAUGAUAACGACGAGUGUAAAAAAGAUUCUUAGACAAAUCAUAAAUUUAUUGAGACAUUUUGGGCACAUUUAAAUCCAUUUUGAGAGAUCAUCUUUUUUAUUGUUGAGACACUGGUGAUAAUUGUUAUCAUGUAUAUAUGUUAAGCUGCUGCGUUGUCCUAGUUGUUAUUAAAUCGUGUGUGUUUCUUACAAA